AUGGCCAACAUAUCAAUUAGUGCCCCUGGCCUGAGCAGCGGCGGGUUUCUUUACAGCAAUGGCAACAAUAAUGCGCGACUAUGCAUCACAGCCGAGGCCGAAGAUUUCGAUAUGGAGAUCAUCAAGAACUGGCAAGAGGAAGGAUUCGACGUCGUAUACCUCCCGUACAACGGCGGAGGAAAAGAGUACGCUCGCCGGCUGCAGUCUGUAAAGGAUGGUCUCGGUGUAGGCGAAAACUACGGUGUGAUCGCCUAUGGCGACGCCGCGGACUUCUGUCUCGACUACUAUCUCAACUCCAUCAACGCCAGUCGACUCUGCGCCCUGGUCGCCUACUACCCCAGCCUGAUCCCUGAUACGCGAUCGCGAUUCCCACUCUCCCUCCAGGUCCUCGUGCACUUGGCAGGCGAAACUGUGGACGUACUUGUUCAGCCCGCCGCGCUUGGCUUGCAAGGAAAGAAACGCCGCCAGAACCGGCCGAUCAAUGCUGGUAUCGGAACUGGUGAGCGUUUGGAGCUGGCGUACCCGGCGUUUACGUAUGAUAAUGCCGAGCCCGGGUUUGCGGAGACCGAUCUGGAGGAAUAUGAUCAUCUGUCCGCGGAUCUAGCCUGGACGCGGACUUUGAAGGUCCUGCGGAAAGGAUAUUCCAGGGAUCCGGAUUACGAGCAACGAUAUGAGCAGCAUGUGGAUGGCAAAUUUUUCUCGUCGAACGUGAGGAAGACCAUGGAUGCUUACGUCCAACAUAAAACCCCCGGUGUCACUUAUACGCCAACAAUUAGCGGCGGAAUCGGGAAAAAAGCCUUGCGCCAUUUCUAUGAACAUUACUUCAUCGGCAAACUCCCUCCGUCCAUGCGCCUCCGACUGCUUUCUCGUACCACAGGACCCGACCGCAUCGUGGACGAGCUGUAUGUGAGCUACGAGCACACACAGGAGGUACCAUGGAUGCUACCAGGUGUCCCACCGACAAACAAGCGAGUCGAGAUCAUCCUGGUGAGUAUUGUCAGCAUGCGCGCCGGGCGUCUUUACUCUGAGCACGUAUACUGGGACCAAGCCAGCGUCCUCGUGCAAGUCGGCCUUCUGGACCCCAAGUUGCUGCCGGAGGGAGUCCAGGGUGUCGACCGACUACCCGUCGUUGGGCGUGAAGCUGCUCGUCGCAUCCUUCAUGAAGAUACGGAGCUCGAACAGGAAGACUACCACAAUAAGAUGAUCCGUCGUGCGCGUGCACGCGCAAGGAGGAACUUGAACAAGAGCGCCCGCGCAUCGCAGGCUGGCGAUGACUUUAGUGACCUGAGGAGUGAGGCGGAGCAGUCGCUGCCUGACAGAAGUCGGAAUAAGGGCAAGGCGGUUCAGAAAACGAAGCCUGCCAGUCUGCAGCGGACAAACACGGAAGCGGCUGAGGACGAGAAUGAUGACGGCGGCGAGACGGAGACAGAGUCUAAGGCUGGCGAUCAGGCCUACGUCGAGGAUGGGGGAGAUGAUAGUGGUGAGAACGGGUCCAAGCAGACGUGA